AUGACGCAUUUAAAUGUGCUUGCAUCAUCGACCUCUUAUGAUAAUGAACGUUCAGCCCUACCUGAAUUAACUUUUAUUUUUAAUCAUACAACGACAACGACACCAUUAUUUUAUUCCAAACAAACAUCAAUGAACGAUAACAUAAUUAACAGAACUAAUGAGAUGUUAUCGAAUGUUACCAUCGAACACAUACAGCAACGAAUGGAUCAUCCGAAGUAA